CGUUAUCAAUGUGUGUUGUUAUUGCAGAUUUUAAUAAAUUUAUAUGUUUCUUAACAUCCCACAAUAAAUUGCAGACAUAGUAAUUUAAAAUUUAUGAUUCAUAAAUAAAUUGCAACUUGGUUAUAAAAAGCAUUAGGUAAUGGAGUGUCUUAUGUCAAUUAUACAUAUUAAGAAAACUGUACAGCAACUUCCAGUCGUAUGUGUGGACAACAGAGCCGGCCGCACGCGCCACUACCAUAUUGCAUAAGGGCAAAAUUGGCUCGUCAAAAAUGUUAAGUUGUAAUAGAAUUGUCGGACGAUUGCCAAAACUUACAAGGCAUUCGCAUGUUAAUCAUUUUGGUCUUUUAAAAUAUUUUGGAGUUAUCAAUGUUAAUAAUCUACGAUAUAAUAGCAAUGCUAGUGAUAAGAAAACGUACAAGUCUCCAGGUACUACCAUAAAACCUGAGGAAUGUGUACCCAAAAGUAGGUAUUCAGAACCAAAGAGAACUGUCCCCGCAUGUGAAUCUUAUCCUAAUGCAUCUUGUCCAUCAUCUUGUUAUGAAGUUUGCGGUAAACCACCGGAAUCAGAGAAAUGUAACGAUAAACCACCAUUUACACCCCCUUGGAAGAUACUGGGAGCCUUGCUUAUAGCAGGAGUUACAAUAUACAUGUCAUCUUCCCUAUUACUGAGUUCAAAGGAAUCUGAAUCUCAAAAGGAUGUAAGUAAGAAAAAGGAUGAGAAGCGACAUAAAAGAUCAUUGGAAACAAUUAAAUCACCACCUAAUUCUACUUUAAUUCCCCAAGAAGUACCUUAUCUUUUAAUAGGAGGUGGAACUGCUGCUUUUGCUGCAUUUAGAUCAAUUAAAUCUAGGGACCCUAAAGCUAAGGUGUUAGUAAUAACAAAAGAAAGUGGUCUUCCAUAUAUGAGACCACCAUUGUCAAAAGAACUAUGGUACAAUACAGAUAGAAAAGCAAGUGCACAGUUAGUUUUUAAGCAAUGGAAUGGAAAACAACGAAGUGUAUUUUAUGAGCCAGAGGAGUUUUAUUCAAAUGUUAGCAAUUUAGUUGAAUCUGAUAAAGGUGGUGUAGCUGUUGCUACAGGGUGGAAAGUUACAAAAAUUGAUGUUCAAAAUAAGAUUGUGACACUUGAAGAUGGUUACGAAAUAAAAUAUGACAAAUGUCUUAUCGCAACUGGCGCUUCACCUAAAAAUCUUCCUGUCUUUGAAUCUAUUGAAGAUGAACUUAAAGAUAGAAUUAUAACAUUUAGAACGAAAGAUGAUUUUCUUGAUUUGGAAGAUAGUGUGCAUAAUACUAAGUAUAAAAAUAUUGUAAUAAUUGGGGGAGGAUUUCUUGGAUCAGAACUUGCUUGUUCGUUAGCUCGUAAUUUACAUGAAGAUAAAAAUGUAUAUCAAAUAUAUAAAGAGAAGUUUAUAAUGGAUCAAGUAUUGCCACAAUAUUUAAGUGAAUGGGCAACAAAAAAAGCAAUAAUGGAAGGUGUUCAAUGUAUUUCUAGUUCUGAAGUUAUAGAUUACUCCUAUAAAAAUGGAAAAUUGUCGCUCAUUCUUUCACAAAAUCGCACUGUUGAUGCUGAUCAAGUGAUUGUAGCAGUAGGUGUUGAACCAAAUACUGAAUUGGCAACAGUUUCACAUUUAGAAACAGAUCCCGAUGUAGGUGGCUUCCUUGUAAAUGCAGAAUUAGAAGCAAGAAGCAAUCUUUGGGUUGCUGGAGAUGCUGCUUGUUUUUAUGAUAUUAGGCUUGGUAGAAGAAGAGUGGAACAUCACGAUCAUGCAGUUGUUUCAGGAAGAUUAGCAGGAGAGAAUAUGACUGGUGCAAAAAAACCUUACCUACAUCAGUCAAUGUUUUGGUCUGACUUAGGAUCAGAUGUUGGUUAUGAAGCCAUUGGUAUCGUGGAUUCUUCACUGCCAACUGUAGGUGUUUUUGCUAAAGAAUCAGAAUCAAAUAAGUCAGUGUCAGUUUCUAAUUCAAGUGAAACAAUUCAGUCUUCAAAAGAAAUGAAAUUGACUUCAACGCAGAGUUCUGGAAAAUCUGAAUUAGUAACACAAACAGAAAAUACCAAUGAUCCACAAGCGAGUUCAGUUCAAGCAAAUAAGUCAGAAUGUGAUGAUCCAAAAGUAGCAACAGAGGAACCUAAGAAACAUGCUGAUUUUGAAAAAGGAGUGAUUUUUUAUCUAAGGGACGACAUUGUGGUUGGAAUAGUUCUUUGGAAUAUCUUUAAUCGGAUGCCCAUUGCUAGGCAGGUACUUGCUAGAGGCACAAAAUACGACGAUUUAAAUGAAGUAGCAAAACUGUUUGCAAUUCACGAUAAUUGAUUUCGUAGGCACAAAAGUAUGAUGAAUACGUGACAGCAUUGUGUCAUCGGUGUAUAUAAUAUCAUUUACCCACUUCUUUUGAAACAUUUUUAUGAAUAAAAAAAAUCUACAACUGAUAUGUUACUCCUGCAUUUAAAAGGUACGACCUGUAUAAAUAUUGCACAUAAGAAUAUUUUUGAAAGGGAAGUAUAAACGCAUAUGAUUUUAUAAACUUUCAGAUGUUUAUUACAACAUUAUUAAACUUUAUUAGACAAUAAAUAAAAUCUGUUAUAUUAGUUAGUACAUUACAGUUCAAUAGUAUUCAUUAUUGUAAAUAUACAUACAUAUAUACAAGGCAUUUAAUAGGAAAUAUUUUGUAAGAUAGCAAAAUGUCACAAAAGUACAUGUAAUGUGAAUGGUAUACAACAAUAGAUCUUUGAAAAUUAUUAAUGUGAGAGUUUAUACUGCUACUCAAAUGUUCCCCCUUUCUUGACUUUAUGUUACUGUAAUGAAUAGUUAUGAGACAGUAACAUGAUUUCCUUUUAUAAAAUAUUAAUACAUAUUCAUGCUUCGCGUAACGAAUUAAAACUUUUUAUAGACAGUUUUGGCAAAACUUUGUUACCAUAUCUUUUAUCCAAUGUAUCCAUAAAUCUGAUAUAAUUAUGACAUUGAUAGUCGUCUAACGUCUAUAUACAAAAAUUAAUUUGUGUAUAUGUAUAUGCAUUAUAUAAUUACAUAUUAAGAAUUUUAUAAAUAUAUAAACUACGUACCAUAUGUUCAGGCCACAUUUUUCCAGUUGUCAUAUGUUGCAUUAUUGUACGUUGAUUGUGAUACAAAAGCGAUAUACAGUAAUAUAUUAUAUAAUCAGGUGAAUACAGUACACAAAUGGCAAAAAAAUGUAUAAUUUGAGACCAAGAUAAUAUACCCCAGAAGCACUGAGAUAUCAUUAAAUUGCAUAUUAAAGACCAAUUAAUCCCAGAAGCAUCCUACAUUAGAGAAUAAAGUAAUUAAGAAAAUUCUUAUAAAUAAUUAAUAUAAAUAAAACAUAAGUUAAUAUAAACAAAGAAUUCUAGGCAAUAAAUAUAUAUGUACUAAAAAUAGACAUACAUUCAGAAAUAUACUGUAUUAGUUAUUACCUUAAGUGCAAACUUGAUAUGCGGAAGUUCGUUACUAAUGAUAGUUUCCAAAAGUUGCAUAAAUGUAAAUUGAGUAGUACCUUCUUCCUGGGCAUUUUUAUCUACGACUUUUCCUAAAUUUGACCACAAAAAUGUAGUUACUGGGAAUUUCAUUAAUUGUGUAAUAAAUAGUUUACAUCUGAAAUUAAUUAUUACAUACCAGAGUAUUUUAAGAUAAUUUUAAAGGUCAAUGAUGAUAUAUAAUAUUCUUAUGUGUAAUGUCAUUAUAAUGAUGACUAAGUUUUCAAUCUGAGACCUGCUAAUGAUGAUAUGUGACUAGCUAGAGUUUCCCUAAUAUUGUCUAUUAAUAUUAGCCAUUUCAAAUAGCUCUUUAAUAAUGUUUUUAGUUACCCACAAGAAAAUAUUGGAUGAGCUUUUGAAUUUUGCUAAUAAAGGGUAUAUUCGCGGUCAACUGAGGCAUUUAUCGAAAAUAUAUUUCAUACCAUUUUAAUUAUUAGUUAAAAUGCAGAACAUAAUUUUCAUAAAAUAAGUUUAUCAACAUAAAAUCUGACUGAAAUCGUGAAACAAUUACGAAGUGAUAUUUCAAGGAAAACUAAACUAAAAAAGUAUACAAUUUUUAUAUUAUUUUUAAAUAAUUUUAUAUUCACAUAUUCGUAAAAUCUUAUUUAAUGAUAUGAAUACUUGAGGCAUAUUAAAAUUUGAAUUAUUUACAAAUAAAUUUCUUAUUAAAGAAGUCUUUCACAAUUAUACCUCAAUAUUGGUUGAAUUAUGCAAAUGACCUUGUAAUCGUAUUUGAUUCAAAUAUUCAAACUUAUGAAAUUAAUAAUACAUACGUUUCUAUAUCACCUUCGCAAAUAAUAAAUACUGUUGCUAAAAACCAAUCAAAUCCAUCAAAUUUUUUUGGUCUCUCAUACUGAAUAAAUGCAUAACAUGUAUUAAUAAAUCCUUGUAAUUUUGUCUUCAUUUCAGUAGUAUUUAUUAAAAUAUUAUUCUGCUCUGCAUAAUAUAGCGUUAAAUUAAUUCCAUGUAUUUCCUCUGCAAACCAGAAAUCUGUAUUUACUGAAACAUUUUCUUGCCAAUGAUAAUUUUCUUCCCAUUCUGCAGUAGGAAUUGCUUUUUGCAUCUGAUCCAACAGUUGUAUUAAUACAGUAUUCUAAAAAGGUAUGAUGUAUAUUUAGUUAUUUCCCUGUUUUAUAAAAUAAAUUAUAAUAAACAUAAAAUAUGAUCAUUCACCUUCAUUGGUUCAGAUGAUGCUUUAUAAGCUUCUCUAACGUCUUCAAUCCAAUUACUAUCUAACAAACCAGGUUUACUUUCUUGAAGUAAAUUUUCUAAUACUGUUCUAUCCUCAACUUCCGAGAAACAUGUUUCUUCUUUAUUCACCUUUAGAGUUUGUAAUACUGAUACAUCAUACUCUUCUAAAUUAGUAUACUCUUCAUUUUCAGUUUUAAUAAAAUGUACUUUAGAUAUAAUUUUAUUUCGCAUCAAAAUGCAGUCAUCGAUAAGUUCUGUCCUUGUAUUUUCAUUUUCAAAUUCUUGUAAACUUGAGUGUUGAAGUUCUAAUAUAAUAUUCUAAAAGAAUAUUGCUGUUAUAAAAAACAUGAAAGAAAUACAAUUUUUUCCUUUUAUUAUAAAAUGUAUUUACACAAUACCUGAAAAUCCAGUAAUUCUAUUAAAUAAACAUAAAUAUUUAAAUUCCAAAUUACAGUAUUUAAUGAUAGAAGUCCUAAGUAAUGAUAAUUUAAUUCAGGAUUUAGUGCAUUCUUAAAAAGUUCGUAUAAGUUAAGUGGAUAAUUCUGUUCCUCAUUAUUGCAUGAUUCUUUUGUACUGGUCAUAAGUGCUGAAAAACCUAUAUAUAGAUAUAAUAAAUAGAUAGCUAAACUUUAAUACGAAAUGCUAAUAUUCUAACAUAAGUAUGAAUAAUAUUCUUACAUUUAAAAUUCAGAGAAAAAAAGGUCAGUAUAUGUAAAAAAGUGUGAAUACUUUCAUGAUCCCACGGAUCAUGAAAGUAAUACAAAUCUUCUAAUAUUGUACAUGUAUCUGAAAGCAAGGUUGACAAAAUAUGUGGUGCGAGAUUCGCAAGCGUAGUAUAUCCCAAAUCAAAAAAUGCAGCAGUUGAUACAAAAUUAACCACUUCUGUUGAUGUCCAUGACAUUCUUAAGGGUGCUAUACAUCCUUCUAUUAAUUCGUGAAAUACAGAUGAUUCUUGAACAAUAGCUUUCAAUCCAAAUGGUAUAGACACCAUUUUAAGUAACAACGAUAUAAUAGCACUGUAAAUGAAAAUUUCUUUUUUAUGAAUGUAUUCUAUU